AUGGAAGGUACGGAUAAAAAACAAUCUACUAAAGAAGUUAAAGAUAAUACGAGUGUUGUUACACCUACAAAAAUUUCUGGUAUUAAUGGUAAUGGUAGUAAAAAAUUAGAAGACCAGGAUUGGUUUCAUGCAAUGAGACCAAGAGCUGAUGUACAAAAUUUAGCUAAAAAUGAAGGUGAUUGGUUAGUUAGAGUUACCGAUACCAGAGGGACAUAUGAAAUUGUCAUAACAGCACGUGGACCAAAAUCAAAAUUGGCUAAUUAUACUAUUGGAGCAUCUAAAGAAAAAGGAUUUUAUUUAAACAUUUUUAUGAAAAGUAAAGAAGUUAAAUAUUUUCCAUGCCCAGUUGAUUUAGUAGAGUAUUAUAGAGAUAAAAUUUUACCUGGAAGAGUUACACUUAAAAAUCCAAUCUUAAGACCAUCAUGGUUAAUUAAACGUAGUCAAAUAAAGUAUGAUGUAUGUGAUGGUGAAAUUGGAAGAGGAAAUUUUGCCAUUGUUUAUAAAGCUGCUUUUACAAAUAAUGUUAGUCAAGUGAUGGAUGUUGCAAUAAAAGUAGCUAUCAUGGAUACUGCUGAUGAAACAAAUAUGAAAAAUGCAAAAGAUGAUUUAUUAAAAGAAGCUAAAAUAAUGUCUUUUCUUGUUCAUGAUAAUGUUAUACAUUUUUUUGGUAUUGCAUGUGACAAUCCACCUGUAAUUCUUGUUAUGGAAUUAUGUCCUGGUGGUGCAUUAAGUUCACAUUUAAAAAGAGAAGAAAAAAAUAUUAGUGAUUUAGAGAAAUCAUUAUUCUGUUAUGAAAUUUGUAAAGGAUGUGCCUUCCUUCAUUCAAAAGAAAUUAUACAUCGUGAUCUUGCAGCCAGAAAUUGUUUAAUAUCUCAAGAUGGUAUCAUUAAAAUAUCUGAUUUUGGACUUAGUAGAAUGACAACUGAAUUGAAACAAGAAAGUUUUUGGAGUCAAAAGAUUCCUCUUGCAUGGAUGGCUCCAGAAACAUUAGUUCAUAAUCCAAAAUACUCUGAAAAAAGUGAUAUAUGGAGUUUUGCAGUUGUUCUUUUUGAAAUAUUUUCUAAUGGUGCUAAACCUUGGCCUGAUAUGGAACCAAAAAAAAUGGCUACAUUAAUAAGAAAAAUAAAAUUAUGGGAUAUGCCAUCAGGGACACCAAAAUUUGUUUUAGAUGUUGUUAAUAGAAUAUUUAAAUUUGACCCAUUAGUUAGACCAGAUUUUAAAGAGUUAGCAGUAAUUUUUAAAAAUUAUGUCAUCGAACAUAGAUCAUCUCAUUUGGUUAAAGAUUUAACAGUAAAUAAAAUUAAAGGUGUUAAACGUCUCAAAUACUUUACAUCAAUUGGAGAAAGAGAAUCAUCAACUUCUGUUUCAAAUUCACAUUCUAAAGAUAGUUCCAAAGAUACUGAUGAAGAAGGUAACUAA